AAAUUUUGGCUUUGCGAAAUCAAGUCUUUGCCUGCACACUUUGUACUCGAUCUCUCAAUACCGUCUUCACUACUCAUACUCCUAGCUCUCUCAUACCUACACACAGCUUCAUAAUGGGUGUCUCCACUGAAGUCCCGCAGACCGUCGAGUGGUCCGGGAAGAGGGUCCCCAUCUACCCCAUGGAGACUGUAGACUUUGGACGCGUCCUGUCCCAGGAGCCAGCUGAACUCGAGAACAUGCUCCGCAUCUGCCAGCAGCAGGGCUUCUUCUACCUGGACCUAAACGGCCUUGACGGCAGCAGAUUCCUCGACGACCAGCAAAGAACCCUGGAGCUCAUGCACCGCUACUUUGAGGCCCCUAUCGAGGACAAGAACGAGUUUGGCCUCAUCACCGCACAUCUCGGAUACGAGCCCGUCGGCUCCCGAACCGGUGGCCUCCCCAAUACCAGAGACGGAUAUGAAAUGUUCAAGGUUUCCCGUGAUGAGAUCCAAAGAUCCGACCCCAAGUUCCCCAAGAUCUUGCAGAACGACAAGGAGAAGGCAAUCCUGAAGAACGCCAUCUCUGGCUCCAACCUCGUUACCAAGACCGUCUUGUCCGGUCUCUCCUCCGCCAUGGGCCUUGUUGGCGCUGCCCGGUACGAGAAUGCCCACCGCAACGACCGCCCAUCCACCUCCACAUUGGCAAUGAUGCAUUACGUCCCCGCCGACCCCAUUAAGGAUAAUCAGAUCGGCCACCAGAAGCACACCGAUAUCAGCUCCCUUACGCUCCUCUUCGCCGAGGAGUGGGGUCUCCAGAUCCGUCCUCCCGGAUCCAAGGAGUUCGGCUUCGUCGCCCCCAAGAAGGGCUGCGCCAUCAUCAACGUUGGCGACUCUCUCCGCUUCGCCAGUGGGCACACCAUGAUGUCGUGCAUCCACCGCGUGGUCCCCUACAACCCCGAGCAGCACCGCUACUCCAUUGCCUACUUCCUCCGUGCCGAGAACGACACCAUGUUCAAGGACAGCGAGGGCAGAUAUGUCACUGCCGGCCAGUGGCACGAUGAGAAGUUUUACCUGUUCAAGGCCACUCCCGAUAUCCAGGCUCUCGCUCCUCCUUCAAUGCUUUACGGUGGCAUGACUGCCGAUGAGGAGUGGACCCCGUACGCGCAGCCGACUGCCAAGGCGCACGCGCCUGAGGUGUCUGAGGAGCUUAAGCAAGCUCCGGCUGUGAAGGAGACUUUGGUUGAGGCCCAUUGAAUGGUAGCCUUAGUGUAAAUAAAUGAGACCAAAUAAGUGUAUCUACCUUACGUUAACUUGGCAUAUCAAGGAGUGGGAGCCCCCCUUUUACAACCACCAAUUGAACACGGCAACAUGAAUCUAUGUGAUGAGAAUAUGACUGAUACUCAAUCAUUCGUCGUACUGUGA